UCAUAGAAAAACCAGUAGCCACUCCCUUGUCGCUCCAAUAUUUUCCUCGGCUUUGCAUUGUGCUGUUCAUCGCGAUCAUCGUCAGAAACAUGGGGAGGAAGUUCUUCGUCGGCGGCAACUGGAAAUGCAAUGGAACUACGGAGGAGGUGAAGAAGAUAGUGAACAAACUCAAUGAAGGUGAAGUGCCAUCACAAGAUGUUGUUGAAGUUGUGAUAAGCCCGCCAUUUGUGUUUCUUCCACUGGUGAAGGACUUGUUGAGGCCGAAUUUUCAUGUUGCAGCUCAAAAUUGUUGGGUCAAGAAAGGUGGUGCUUUCACCGGUGAGGUUAGUGCUGAGAUGCUUUCCAAUUUGGGUGUUCCAUGGGUCAUUCUUGGUCAUUCUGAAAGGCGGCAACUCUUAGGUGAAUCAAAUGAGUUUGUUGGAGAUAAGGUUGCAUAUGCACUUUCUCAAGGUUUGAAGGUGAUAGCUUGUGUUGGUGAGACUCUUGAGCAGCGUGAAGCAGGAUCUACUGUGGAUGUUGUUUCUGCACAGACUAAAGCAAUUGCAGAACGAGUGUCAAGUUGGGCUGAUAUUGUUAUAGCCUAUGAACCCGUGUGGGCCAUUGGAACUGGGAAGGUUGCAACUCCAGCCCAGGCACAGGAGGUUCACUCUGAACUGCGGAAAUGGCUUAGUGCAAACACCAGUCCGGAAGUUGCUUCAACAACCAGGAUUAUAUAUGGAGGGUCUGUCACAGCUGCAAACUGCAAGGAGCUGGCUGCUAAGCCUGAUGUUGAUGGGUUUUUGGUUGGUGGAGCUUCCCUAAAGCCCGAGUUCAUUGAUAUUAUUAAGUCGGCCGAGGUGAAGAGGAGUGCCUGACCUUGAUGUUGAGCACUUUAAGUGAAUCUUUUGCGGUUUUGUUCAAGGAGGUGUAACAUCCAUCCCUGUAAAACUGUAGUCAUGCUUUAUUUUAGAGAGAAAUAAGUUUGCACUUUUUGUAUUUCGAUCAGCAUCUCAGAACUCUGUUUAUGUAUCAAUAAAUAUUUUCACCAUUUCUCUCCAAACCAAUGCUUCUUUAUACUGUUG